UCUUGGCCUUCGUGGGUCCCUGAGCGGGUCCGGCUCGCGUCUGGGGGCGCGGGGCAGCCGGCCGGAGCGGCCGCAGGACGUAAGCCGGGAGCCUGCGAGCCGCACGUGACAGCCACCCGGUCCCCGGACAACAGUGGUUGCCGCCGGUGACACAUCUCAGUUGAAAGGUGGAGGCACCGGAAGGUGCUUCCUGCCCGACGGAGAAGCCGGGUCCCCGGCGUCCCCCGGCUCGGCCGUGUGCUUCGGAGCGCCUGGGCCUCCCUGCCUGGCGAGCAGCACGGAGUGGGAGGAGUAGAGCGGCAGGAUGGACUGGGGCGCGUUGCAGGCGCUCCUGGGGGGCGUGAACAAGUACUCCACCAGCAUCGGGAAGGUGUGGCUGACCGUCCUCUUCAUCUUCCGGGUCAUGAUCCUCGUGGUGGCCGCCCAGGAGGUGUGGGGGGAUGAGCAGGCCGACUUCGUGUGCAACACGCUGCAGCCCGGGUGCAAGAACGUGUGCUACGACCACUUCUUCCCCGUGUCCCACAUCCGGCUCUGGGCGCUGCAGCUCAUCUUCGUGUCCACGCCCGCCCUGCUGGUGGCCAUGCACGUGGCCUACUACAGACACGAGAAGAAAAGGAAGUUCAUCAAGGGAGAGAUGAAGAGCGAAUUUAAGGACAUCGAAGAGAUCAAAAGCCAGAAGGUCCGCAUCGAGGGUUCGCUGUGGUGGACCUACACCGGCAGCAUCUUCUUCCGGGUCAUCUUCGAGGCCGCCUUCAUGUACGUGUUCUACAUCCUGUACAGCGGGUACCACCUGCCCUGGGUGCUGAAGUGUGGCAUCGACCCCUGCCCCAACACGGUGGACUGCUUCAUCUCCAGGCCCACGGAGAAGACCGUCUUCACCGUCUUCAUGGUCUCCGCGUCUGUGACCUGCAUGCUGCUGAACGUGGCCGAGCUGUGCUACCUGCUGCUCAGAGUGUGUUUCAGGCGAUCGAAGCGAGCGCAGAAGCACAGACAUGCCCCCAACCACGCCCUCAAAGAGAGUAAACAGAACGAAAUGAAUGAGCUCAUUUCUGAGAGCGGGCAGAACGCCAUCACAGGCUUUCCCAGUUAAACGGCUGACGGCACACGGGGCGGACGUGUCGCAGAGCCGGGGUCUUCUCCCGAAGGCAGGGCCGACCCGGCACCCUGGCUCUCAGCUGAGACUCUGUCCUUACAAAUGACUUUCUUAAUUUCUAGAGACCUGAGUUAACUUUCUGUAGAAUAAUUGGGCCACGAAAGUGGCACGUAAUCAAUCAUGUGGUCUGUCUCUACCACCAGGCCUUGGUGUGACUUUUACAUGUGGGUUUAAGUGGACCGUCUGACAUGGGGGUAUUUCCUGAAAAUUUAAGGGUGUAACUGUUAUCAAUAAAGAACACUUAUCUAGAAAUUGAUACUUUUAUUAGGAAGAGAUAUUUUUAUAGGAUUGAAUGUUUUAGUUCUGACUUUGAAUUUAUAUAAACUAUUUUUAUAAUGACUGGUCUUCCUUACCUGGAAAACAUGAUGUUAGAUUUAGAAUCUUGCCAUAAGUAUCUAAUAUUUGAACUUACUCUGUCUUGUUGUAGGUAUUGUUUUGUGUGGUCUAUUGACGAGUCUAUGAACUGUCAUGGCUCUUAGGGUGGGACGUGUUCACUGUGCAAUGUAUUUUCCCUGCUUUCUGGGCAUGGCCAGAGCUGUAUGGAAGCGGGAAGCUUUUUUAAAGAGGCUGAUUUGCAAUCAAACAGCUGAGGCAGGAAUGCACUCCCUCAAUAAAGAUGAGCCCAUUGCUGAAGCCACCGGCUCAGGGAU